GCUCAAAAUAAGUCAUUCGGGUGCUUGAUACCGUACUACUUACUUCCACCCCCCGCGAUCUCAAUCCCUCUCCAAAAUGUCUCUAGACGAGCAAUUCACAAAAGUCUCCGAAGCUGUAAGAAACUGGAAGAAGAAGCCCAGUGACAACGAAAAUCUCGCACUCUACUCUCUAUUCAAACAGGCUACCCUUGGUGACGUGAACAUUGCUGAACCAAGCGAUUUAAUCUCCAAGGCGAAGUUCAAGGCAUGGACCGGUCGCAAGGGCAUCUCACAAGACGAUGCUAAGACACAGUACAUCGAGUUAGCAGAAAAGUUACAAUCUAAAUAUGCAUAAGCCUUAUUUAAGUUAUUAUAUAAAAAAUUAUAAUUUAAUAAAAUUCAAAAUUCGA